CACGCUUCAGUCACAGAAAGAAAAGGGGAAGAACAGGCGGCUUGGCCGGCACUGAGAAAGGAUGGCGGCGGCCGUCGCGUUGGCGAGGCCUCUCCGGCGACUCCCCCACUUCCCUUCCCGGCGCCGUGCUGUCUCCACACCGCUCCACUUCUUCGCGCGAGGGCAGUGUGGCGUGGCCCUCGCCGUCGCGGCGGCCGCGGUGGGCGAUUCAUCCGCUAAGGGGAGCGUGCACAGGCAUGUAAUCGAGGAAGUCAUGGACAUUCUGGAUAUGGCACAAAUGGCUUCCCAACGAAGAGAUGUCUUCCACACCAGUUUUCUUACUCCGCCUAUCAUAAAGGAGGCUAUGCUGGCAAUCGAGAAGUUAGCUGAUAUCAAAGCAGUAGCUCAGGGGGGUUAUCCACAGGCUGAGCGGUGCCGAAUUUCAGUUGGACAUCCAGACGCUAUGAGAAGUAACCCAGAUGUAGUUGCUGCUUUGAGCAUAUCCGGAAACUUCCGAUUGGAACCCUGUUCUCAUGGUGACUUUCUUGGUGCUAUUCUUGGGGCAGGAAUAACAAGGGAGAAAGUUGGAGAUAUACUUUUGCAGGGCGAAAGAGGUGCUCAGGUCAUUGUUGAUCCAGAACUUGUUGAUUAUCUGACUUCCACACUAGAAAAGGUGGGGAAAGUUGGUAUUUCAUGCACCCAGAUUCCAUUGCUUGCUAUAGAGUAUGAGCCACCAAGGACCAAAUCUUCUAAAACUGUAGAAUCAUCACUUCGGGUUGAUGCUGUGGCCAGUGCAGGAUUUAAAAUCUCACGCACAAAGCUUGGUAGCAUGAUGAGUUCUGGAGAUGUCCGUGUGAAUUGGUCAGUGGUUACGAAAAGUGGAGCUACCCUCAAAGCUGGAGAUGUUGUUUCUGUCAGUGGGUUGGGGAGAUUGAAGAUUGGAGAAAUCGAGACUACGAAGAGAGGCAAAUAUGUAGUUCAGCUGAUUCAAUAUCUGUAGGUCCAUGAACAAUCAACUGUUCGCUCAACAAUACCUGUCUCAGAUGAAUGGGUUCAACAAUUCCAUAGAAACUUGUCAAUAUAGAUUUAGGGCGUCUUAUAUUGCUGAGUCAUCACUGAGGCAGUACAAAAGGGCAUAUGAUAUGAUGGAAAUAACAAUUUACUUAUGAUAUCAUUUACUUAUGGUGUGCUUGCUUAACAUAUUUGGGAUCCUGAACUCUUUACUCUAUGCUUCACUAUCAGAGUUCGUGAA